AUGCCGUCCUGGUCCCACAGAAACUUCAUGCGCGAUGCUGAGGAGAUCGCCUGCAGCCGGCGCAUGAACAGCCUGACGCUGAACCGGCACACGGAGAUCCUGGAGAUCCUGGAGAUCCCACAGCUGAUGGACACCUGUGUCCGCAAUGGCUACUACGAGGAGGCGCUGGAGCUGGCUGCUUACGUGCGCCGGCUGGAGAGGAAGCACAGUAGCAUUCCCGUGAUCCAGGGCAUUGUGGACGAGGUGCGCCAGUCUACCCAGCUGAUGCUGAACCAGCUCAUCCAGCAGCUCCGCACCAACAUCCUCAUCGGCUAUCUGCGGCGCAUGGACGUCUUCACGGAGGCUGAGCUGCGCAUCAAGUUCCUGCAGGCGCGUGACACCUGGCUGCGCUCCAUCCAGGCCUCCAUCCCCAACGAUGACCCCUACUUCCACAUCACUAAGACCAUUGAGGCCUGCCGCGUCCACCUCUUCGACCCCCCCGAGGGGCAGGCUCUCAACGAGGGGGCCAUCUUCCACGGCUGGGUGCUGCAGAAGGUCUCAGAGUUCCUGCGGACGCUGGAGCGCGAUCUCCAGCGCGGGGUGGGCGGCCGCCUGGACUCACUGCUGGGGCAGUGCAUGUACUUCGGCCUCUCCUUCAGCAGGGUGGGGGCUGAUUUCCGUGGGCAGCUGGCCCCCCUCUUCCAGCGCGUGGCCACUGCUACUUUCAGGAAGGCGGUGGAGGAGGCUGUGGAGAAGUUCCAGGAGGAGAUGAAUUCCUACACGCUCAUCUCCGCCCCAACCGUCCUGGGGGGCAGCGCCGGGGUGCCGGUGCCCUCAGCCCAGCCGGGGACGCUGCAGCCUCCCAUGGUGCUGCUGGACUUCCCACCUCUAGCCUGCUUCCUCAACGGCCUCCUCGUCGCCUUCAACGACCUGCGGCUCUGCUGCCCUGUUGCCCUGGCCCAGGACGUCACCGCCUGCUUGGAGGAUGCCCUCAGCGAG